AUGGAUCAAAGAGCAUGUGAGAAGUGCAAAGGUUUGAGGACUUGUAGGGAACCCAAUAGGAUUGCAACUGUUGAGGAGUAUGAAAGCUGGUGGUCUCAAGUUUCUGUUGGUCCAUACUUUGCAAGGGUUAAGCCAACAUUGGUUCGAGGCCGAAAUCGUGACGACAUUUCCUCAUCAUCUCAAGCGCAGUUUCGUGUUCCAUAUCCUCCUCCUAUGCAAACAAGUUCAUAUGGGUAUGAAAAUGAGCGAUCUCAAAAUGAGAAUGAGAAUGUAGAUCUUGAGUAUCUUCGAAGUCGGGUUGUAAUCCUUGAAAAUGAGAAUGUAGGGCUUCAAAGUAUAAUGAGUGACACGGACUCGGAUGAAGAUUACUUUUCUAGACGUCGUAAAAGGAGACGAGCUAAUGCGGCGAUGGUGGUGAGGACAUUAAUGUGGCAACAGUCAAUCGCUCUUUUGAGAGAAUUGUUUCUUAAAAUUAAAGAUGAUUUGUGUGAAAUGGACCCAGAGUGGCCUCUGGGAAUAGAUGCACUUGGAAUCCCGGGUCAUUAUCCACAUAUGAAAACGCUAGCUUGUCUUAGGUUACUUGCUACGGGGCAAUCGUCCGACUCGAUAGAUGAUUAUGUGAGAAUGGGUAAAACAACUCUAUAUAAGUACUUGAAGAGAUUCGUUAGAAACAUAGUUAGGCGUUAUGGCGGGGAGUACUUGCGCAACCCAAACCAAGAUGAUAUUAAUCGCAUUUUAGCCGAGAAUGAAGCAAGGGGUUUUCCGGGUAUGGUUGGGAGUGUGGAUUGCAUGCAUUGUCCCGGAUCAAAUAAUGAUCUUAAUGUACUUAACACAUCUCCAUUGUUCGAUGGUAUCUUCGAUGAAAAUGCUCCAAAAGUUGAUUUUCAAGUAGGUGGUGGAAGAUUUGAUAUGGGUUACUACUUGGCCGAUGGGAUAUAUCCUAAGUUAUCCAUUAUUGUGCAAGCUUAUAAGAAACCAACAAAUUCGAGACAAAGAUGUUUUACCAAGAUGCAAGAAGGGGCUCGGAAAGAUGUUGAGCGUGCAUUUGGUAUUCUACAAGCAAAAUGGCAUAUAGUGAGAGGUCCGGUUGAAUAUUGGGAUGAAGAAGACUUAAAAUUCAUAAUGUUGUCUUGUGUGAUAUUGCAUAACAUGAUAAUUGAACAUGAGAGGCAAGAUGGGGCAUAG